AUGCCAGAUCUGCAACGCCUGCUGUCUAUUCUUCUCCGUCCUAUCGUGGUAAGUGCAAACUCAGUUUAUGGUUUUGCUGGAUUGGCUGAGGGCCAGCCAGUUAACUUGUUCAUCAGCGAAAUUUUCAUGUGGCCAGGUGGUGAGCAGAUGUGCGGUAGACUAACCUAUAUGGACGCUUCUUGUGGUGGGCAUGCAGCUUCUGAAAAAUAUGAUGAGUUGGCAGCCAAUACUGCAGAAAACGAGAAGACAAUGAAGGGUUUACUGGGUUCUUACUACACUAUGGUGGAAAAGCUGUUUGGAAUCAGUGGUGGUAUCUUUCUCUCGUAUGCAUACUUGCUCGCCCAAAAGCCACAAGGGAGUGUCGAAGGAAUUUGGAUGGCCAUAUUCAUAGGAAUCUUCAUAGCAUCACUAAGCAAUUUCAUUCUGUUAAUCCAUGCUUCAUACUUGAAAGAGAGGGGGUCCAUUGACGGCUGUGAGCCUGGAAUCCUUAAAUGGCUGAUGCUUUUAGUGCUGGCAUUCCUUUAUGCACUAUUUUGUAUCCUACUGCGGGCUUUUGCAAAUGCCUCCGACUUGGUUUUAUGGCUCAUCGGAAUCAUAGGCCUCUGCUCAAUAGUGCUCGGUUGGGUUUGGUUCUUUUACAGAAAGUGGCCCAAGAUUCUGGAAGAAAUUGAUGCAAGUCGUUGUAUCAGAGAAAUUGGGAUGUCUGAGAUCACUGGCUCUGCCUCCAGAGGCAGCGGUUCAGACAGGCCAACCGGCAUGUGCAAUUGA